AUGGCCGAUUUGGUUUUUGGUGAUUUUUCUAAACAAGAAACUGAGAAAUUCUUCGGUCAUGAUAAACAAUCUGUGAAAGUAAACGAACCUGAAUUUCCAUGGGCAACUGACGAUUGUAUGGCAACGACAAUCGAAUUUGGUUUUGGUGUUCCACCUGUCAUUUCUCCCACCGGCGGCACCGGUGUUUCAUAUCCAAACUACAAUUCGUGCAAUGGAAGCUCAUCUCAUCAAGAAUCAACUAGUUCAGCAUUAACAUCUCCUCCAUAUUCAUCGAAAAGCUCAUCGGUAGAAAAUCUCAAAAUAACUAAGCAAUCAUCAUCCCACAGUCGUCAUCAUAGUGAUAGAAAACUAAAGAAGAAACGUCCACCGAAUUACUAUCGACAAGAGUAUCAGCAAAUGCUUGAACCGGCUGCUCUUCAACAGCAAUUAAAUGGACAAGCUGACGAAACAACGCCAAUUCAAAUGCGUUCAAACGAACAAACACCACAAAUAGAACAAAAUUCCAACGAAACAAAUGUACUAUUACUACCAUCAAACGAUGCGAGAUAUAUUUCAUGUGAUCAAUGGGUCCAUUCAACAAUGAAACACCAACAAAUGACCAAGAAUGAUGACGAUCAAUCUUCAUCGAAACAAUCAACAAAUGAUGACGACGAUGAUGAAAUUGAUUCCGAUGUCGCUGGAACAACAACAGACACCGAUAAUGAUAAUGAUCUUCUUCAAAGCACAUCAACAACUCGUCCGAGUUAUCCUGUUAAUAUAAUUCCACCUGAUCAGCGAUUACAAAACAAAUCGAAUUUGAAUUCGAAUCAACAUUUACUAAAUGCACCCAAUCAACUAACAAAUGAUUUGAAUAUUUACUCAACAUCUGUUGCAAGUGGAGCGUCAGUCGAAACACUAAAACCUUCCAAUAAUCUCUCCUCGCCAUCAUCUUCGCCUGUCAAACAAAACGAAGUAUCGAAGUCGAAACCUUCCUCAUGGGCAGAUCUAUUUCGUAGUCAAUCAGCAUCAAAUACGCAACCAUCAUCUCUUCCACCUCCAACCACUAGUCCUCUGAAAAAGUCACAAGCUCCAUCAUCUACACCAACUCAAUCGACUUUAACGUCAACAGUUCCAACUCAACAACAGAAUGGCAAUCUUCCAACGAAAUCAACGAAUAAUACUUUUCAUUCAAGAUCAAACUAUCAUGUCUACAACAGCAAUGGAGGAGAAUCGAAAUCUUUAGAAGAUUACUUUUCCAAAUGUGAAGUUCGUCCAUCAGCAAUGGCAAUUAAACCACGUGGUUUAUUCAACAAAAACAAUUACUGUUAUGUCAACGCCACUUUUCAAGCUCUUCUUGCUUGCCCUGCUUUCUUCAAUGUUAUGAAAUAUAUACCACUUAAUGAAGAUCCUGUCAAUCAUCCUGUUCCAUGCAUUAAGGCUGUUCAUUCGUUUGUUAAUCAAUUUGAGAAAAUGGAUCGAAGUAAAUCGAACGCAGCGAACCAUAAAGACAUCAUUUGCGGCCAACCGUUUGAUCCAGUGGAUAUUUUACAAGAAAUUGCACGCCUUCGUCGUGUAUCAGUCGAUGUUGUGAAAUCGAAACAAGAAGAUGCUCAUGAACUACUAUGCCAACUACUGAGUGAACUUCACGAUGAAAUUUGUUCGAUUUUGUAUCGAACAUCAACAAAUAAAUCAGAAGAAUCUAUGAGCACAUCAGAUGUCUCAACAGCAGCAUCACUGCAGAACGGAGAAGAAAAAGCGGAAGAUUGGUUUCAAGUCGGCAAAAAGCACCGCACUCAUGUUCUUCGAACGAAUGAAAUUCAAAAGAGUCUUAUUGCGGACAUAUUUGCUGGCAAGUUCCGUUCACCAGUGCAAUCAGCCGGAAAUCAAAAAUCAGUGAUACACGAACCAUUUUUUACUCUUUCACUCGAUAUUAAAGAUCCCAAAAUUACUUCGCUAGAUGAAGCUCUCUUACGUUUCGGUGAACAAUCAACAAAUUCCGAGCAUAUUGAUAGUAAAAGUCGUCAAAAUGUCCACACUAAUAAAACCAUGCUAAUCGAACAACUACCACCAAUUCUGAUUAUACAUUUAAAAUGUUUUCUCAAUGAUGAAUCAGAUGGAACAAAGAAAAUCAAUAAAUCUAUAAACUAUACAGUCAAUUUAACGUUACCAAAAACUAUUUUAACCGAACAAGCCAAAAAGCAUUCAUUCGAUCGCUACAAAUUAUUUGCUGUUGAAUAUCAUCAAGGUGAACGUGCAACUGAUGGACAUUACAUAACCGAUGUUUUCCACCCUGGACUUCAAGGAUGGAUUCGAUAUGAUGACGAUAAUGUUCAUGUUGUUCCUUCGAGUCAAGUGAUGAAUUCAUCAGCGGACAAAUUGACGCCUUACUUACUUUUUUAUCGUCGUGGCGAAUAG